AUGAUCCAAGAAAGAAUGAAGGCAGCCCAGAACAGGCAGAAAACCUAUGCUGAUAACCGAUGGAGGAAUCUGGAAUUCGCAAUAGGAGAUUGUGUAUACCUCAAAGUAUCACCCAUGAAAGGAGUCAUACAUUUUGGUAAAAGGCGGAAGUUGAGUCGCCGAUACGUAGGACCCUAUGAGGUAAUCAAAAGAGUUGGUCCAGUAGCUUACGGAUUGGACUUGCCAGCAGAGAUUCAGGGAAUAUAUAUUGUGUUUCAUGUGUCAACCUUAAAGAAGAGCUUUGGAGAAAGACGGCCAAUGGUAACGGAGCCCAACGAGAUUUGGCUUCAACCCAACUUGUCUUAUAAAGAAUGGCCAGUGCAGAUUGUGGAUCGCAAGGAACAAGAGUUGAGGAAUCGAAAGAUACCUCUAGCGAAGUACUCUGGAAUAACCCAGAUUUUGAAGAAGCAACUUGGGAAUGAGAGGAUACACUAA